CAUAUUGGGCACCUCCCUUCUGUUCUCUUGCUGCGCGUUCCAUUACGGGGCACGCCGGUUACCGACGUCCGGGGGAUUGCACGUUAUUGUGGGUAAUCAGAGCCAUGGACUUUGACACCAGCGCCGACCCAGCGGCCGAGUUUUUGGCUCGGGAGCAGGACCAGCUGGCUGGUAUUGGAGACGACAUCAUUCCGCCGUCGACGCAGCCAGCAGAUGACGACCUGUUCGCGCCAAGCGCAGUGCAAGAUGACCAAGGCUUCGAUGUCAUCGGCUCCGAGGCGCAGGGUGACAUGGGCUUUGACCUGAGCGCAGCGGCGGGCGACGCCGGUCCAGGUGGUGACGCCGAGGAAGCUCCCGCACCAGCUCCGGCGCCCGCCGCCGUGCCGACGCCGACCCCGGCGCCUCGUGUCGAGCCCGAGAAGAUCCGACGCUGGCGCGAGGAGCAGCGGCAGCGACUCGAGGAGAAGGACGCCGAAGAGGAGCGUAAGAAGGACGAGUGGCGCGAGUCGGCCAAGAAGGAGUUGGAGGACUGGUACAAGCAGCAUGAGGAGUCCGUCUCCAAGACGCGCGCCGCCAACAGAGAGGCAGCGCUGGCCGCUGAGAAGGAGCUGGUCAGCGGGGACAACAAGUCGACCGAGGCGGCCGCCGACUGGGAACAGAUCGCCAAACUGUGCGAGUUCAACCCCAAGGUCAACCGCAACACCAAGGACACGUCGCGCAUGCGCAGUCUCAUUUUGCAGCUGAAGCAGAGCCCACCAGUGAAGUCCAACUGAGCGCGGCCGUGCGGUGGCGCAGCCCCGGGCUACCUGGGGCAUCGGCCGGCAUGGCGGUGGCCACCAGCACGCCAACCCGCGGAACUGACGGGCGGCACCAGCAGGCUCGCCGAGGACGUGCGUGGGACGUUGUUAUCUCAUCUAGCUUUUGGUGGAUAGCCGUGCGGUCGAGGCGGCGCGAUGGUGGCGCCCUCUGGAGUAUUGUACCCGAAUCACGUGAACUAGAAGGCAUAGCUACACCCGUCGUAAUCUGUUGGUGAGCCCAGUGUUUCCUUCAUGCCUAGCGCGUGCGUCGUCGGUUAGUCUCAACUGUUCAGCACGCUUGCGGCUGUUCUGUUAGCUGGCUUAACAUGCCCAAAGUGUUUGUGCAUUCAAAACACGUAAAGAUGUGUACAUUCCUUAACUACAUUACGAUGUAUGACAAAAUAUAUGCGAUGGUUAGCAGCGAAAAAACCGCC